GCUGCCUGCCGGGCUGGGGCACGAGUGGCUGCGGAGUGUGGGUGGUUGGGCGUGAGGGGCCGACGGGCUCGCGCGCGCGCCGUCUGCUGAGGUCCCUCGGGAAGGAGGAGAGCGCCUGACGCCGACCCGCACGCGCAGCCCGGCAGUCGGCGGCGCGCCGAGGGCGGAGGUGGUGCGUGUGUGUGUGUGUGUGUGUGUGUAGCUCGGGUGCCAAGGGCGAGCCGUCAGUCCCCGGGUGCGAGUCCCUGCUGUCUUCCACACCCUUCCUCCCUCCAGGCUCCUUUCCUACAUCCUUCCCGCGCCCCCACGGUUGCGGACCGAGCGAGAACCCCCUUAAGCAGGUGUGGGGGGCGUGCGGGGUGGCACGAGACAAAAGGGGCACGGGGGUAAGCCCGCCAUGGCCUCCCGGAGCCUGGGGGGCCUGAGCGGGAUCCGCGGCGGUGGCGGCGGAGGCGGCAAGAAAAGCCUGAGCGCCCGCAAUGCUGCGGUGGAGAGGAGGAACCUGAUCACCGUGUGCAGGUUUAUAAAAUAUAUCCCUGGGUCAGUCCAAAGCAUCAGAGAGAAUUGGGUUUUCUGUGAAGACCCUGAUUGAUCGGUCUUGCUUUGAGACAAUUGAUGAUUCUUCUCCUGAAUUUAACAAUUUUGCAGCUAUUUUGGAACAGAUUUUAAGCCACCGGCUAAAAGGUCAAGUAACCUGGUUUGGUUAUGAAAGUCCUCGUAGCUUCUGGGACUAUAUCAGAGUGGCUUGCCGGAAAGUUUCACAGAAUUGUAUCUGCAGCAUUGAAAAUAUGGAAAAUGUCAGUUCUUCUAGAGCUAAGGGUAGAGCCUGGAUCAGAGUAGCACUCAUGGAAAAACAUUUAUCUGAAUACAUCUCUACAGCUCUGAGAGACUUCAAAACAACCAGGAGAUUUUAUGAAGAUGGAGCAAUUGUCUUGGGUGAAGAAGCAAAUAUGCUUGCUGGCAUGCUUCUAGGACUCAAUGCUAUUGAUUUCAGUUUCUGCCUAAAGGGAGAGGGGCUGGAUGGCAGUUUUCCUGCUGUAAUAGACUAUACACCAUAUUUGAAGUAUAUCCAAAGUUCUGAUAGUAUCAGCAGUGAUGAGGAGGAGCUAAGGACUUUGGGAAGCAGUGGUAGCGAAAGCAGUACUCCAGAGAAUGUCGGACCUCCUUUCCUCAUGGAUGAGAACAGUUGGUUCAACAAGUGUAAGAGAGUUAAACAAAAGUAUCAGCUUACCCUGGAACAGAAGGGUUACCUUGAAGAACUCUUACGACUUCGAGAGAACCAACUAUCUGAAUCUGUCUCCCAGAAUAAAAUACUACUUCAAAGGAUUGAAGAUUCUGAUCUGGCUCAUAAACUGGAGAAGGAACAAUUAGAAUAUAUAAUUGUGGAGCUUCAAGAUCAGCUGACUGUGCUAAAGAAUAAUGAUUUAAGAUCGAGACAAGAGUUAACUGCCCAUCUCACCAACCAGUGGCCUUCCCCAGGAGCUCUGGAUGUCAAUGCUGUUGCCUUGGAUACGUUGCUUUACCGAAAACACAAUAAACAGUGGUAUGAGAAAAGUUAUCAAAGUCUUGACCAGUUAUCAGCAGAAGUUAGCCUUUCUCAGACUUCACUAGAUCCAGGCCAGUCACAAGAAGGAGAUGGAAAACAAGACACAUUAAAUGUAAUGAGUGAAGGUAAAGAAGAUACUCCCUCAUUACUUGGCCUCUGUGGAUCUCUAACGUCAGUGGCAAGUUACAAGUCUCUAACAAGCUUAAAAUCUAAUGACUACCUUGCAAGUCCUACAACAGAGAUGACAAGUCCAGGCCUAACUCCAUCCUGAAAAUUUUUGUGUAAAAGCCAAAACUUUUUAUGUUGUAAAUGUUUAAUUUACAUGUUUGACUGCUGGGAAGACCUUUGAAAUUUUAUAUUGUUCUGGUACAUGUCUGAAAUUCUAUUGCUUGGAGAGAAUCCCCUCCAGUUAAGAGAUUUUGAGUGAAAAACAUAAUGAUCCUGCCAUUUUUCAUUUUUAAAAUUCUUACAUUUGUCAUUGAGAAAGUUCAAAAUGGAAUAGGCUUUAAAAAAAAAAACUUUCAAAGAUCCGCCAAAUCAUUCAUAGCAAAUUGUACAUAUUGUUCAGCUGAUUUUUAUAUAUUUAAAUACACCUUAGUGGCCAGAGACUGACUUCAAGGUUUUAUUCCAGAGACUCCAGAGACUUAAGCUAAGUAUUUUUUCAUUCUUUCAGAUUUUCAAAAAAAAAAAAAAAAAGUUAAUUUCAUUUUUUCAUUAAUGUCUUCCUAAGUUCUAUGCUUUAAAUGCCUUGUUUUUAAUAACGGGAAAGUUCUCAGCUGCAUUUUCACAGUGGCUUAUUCAGUUUUUCUUUAAUAUUUACCAUUUGGUAUCAAUUCAGCAUUCCACUUAACAUUUUAUAAAUUCUAUAGGAAUAUGCCUGUUUUGGUAGUUACUGACUUAAUUUGUUAGUGCCACAAGGAAAAUAUUUUACAGUAUUUUAUGCCAUUUAGGUAAAAUGAAUAAACUGUUUUCCAAGAUUUUCUUAAAAGAUUAUCAAUUUAAAAGUAUGAUCAAGUAUGCCUCAAAAACUAGAAACAUUUCAAAAUGUAGAACAAACGUUGAAAAAUUGUUUUGCCAGGAAAGAGUUCAAGUUCAGUUAAGGAUUUGAGAGGCUUUUAAACAAGGAUCAGUAGGAUAGUUAUCAUAUUUACUUAAUAUAUGUCUGAUAUUCAGUGCUGGUUCUUUUUCCUGUUUGUGCAACAAUGAAGUGUGUCAUGUGUGUUUUAUAGCCUCUAUCAUUAAUCACACCAGAGUCUCAUUUUAAAACAUUUUAAUGUUAAAACAUCCCCACACUUAUACACAGGUAAAAUUAGUUUUUUUUUUUAAAGUUGUAAUCUGUACUUUUUUUUUUUUUGCAAUUUUUGAAACAGCUACAUUAAUCCCUAAAAAUCCCACCAUACUGAAAAUGUAUGGCGUGUAUUUUCUAUAGUAAGUAAUAUGAGGAAAACAUGAUUAGCUGUGCCAAAGAAAUUUUAUACAUUGUUUACAUGAUGAGGCCACAGUACUUACUGAGGACUUCAUAUGGUUGUUUUGUUUAUUAUUAUUGAGAAGAGUUAAGAGCUGAGGUUACCACAUUCAUUCUUUGUGUUAGAAAUAUAGGAGUGUGGUGGUUUUCUGCAAUAUUUAGAGCUUAGUCUCAUAAUUUGGAAUUUAAGAUAAUAAGUAGUAACAAGGCAAGUCUUUUAUGUAAGACAGUCAAACAGUGUCACUUCAGGGACAAAGGCCUGGAAGCCCUUAAAAUAAGUUAUCUUAGAUGUGCCAGAACAUAUUCAGAGCUUUAUUCCUUUAAGCUUAAAGCUUCAAUACUUGUAGAAAUGCAAAUAUUCUUGAGAAAUGAUACAUUUUUGUUCUCAAUUUCUCAAUUCUACAUACCUGAUUAUGAGUGAAGUAUCCAAAGCAGGUUUUCAUCAGCAUGGGGGAUGGAAGGUAGGUAUAAUAUGAGGACAAUGGAAACUUUGGGAGAAGGGAGUGAGGAAAUGGAUAAAGAGAAAUUUGAAAAUUUUAGGCUGGACUUGAGCACUAUUGCUGCUUUCCUAUGAACUAUCAGAAUGUUUAAAUGCUUUAUCAUUCAUGGUCCACUCUCAACCAACAUUUAUUAUCCUUUAGUAAUUAAACAAUGGUUUUACAUACAUUUUUAUAAUGUAGAAGGAAAUUCAAGAUUCCAUAAUCGUAAAAUUUUUCAGAUUUGUCUAAUGUGUAAUUUGUGCAUCUUCACAUGCUGCUAAAUGCAGAUUUAAACAUUACAUCUGAGGAUCAUGACUUUUCCUCCUUUCUUGGAGAUCUUGGUAUAAAAUUCAUCUGCUGUUAUAAAAUCAGGUUUCUACAGAGUUCGUUUCACACUAAAGGUAGUUUGUUACUGUUUGCAUGAGGAAACCAUGUAUGUCUCAAUCUUUAAUUUUAGGUGGUAGUGUUUAUUGUUCACCCUCCCUCUUGCCUCCAAAAGAAUGCUGAAUUAUACGCCAAUAUUUCCAUGUGUAUUCUGUUGCCUUGAUGCGUACUAUACUUGUUGCAUGUAUAUUAAAAAUUUUGUACUAUG